CAAGGAAUUUAGAAGGAAAUAGGUUAGAAGUAGAGGAAAGUAAGUAUGAGGAAUUUUUCAACCAGGAAAAUAAUUUCCUGGAUGAGUUGAUAAAUGCUGCCGAUGCUAUAGAUAGCAUGCGGCAAGUACUUGAGUUAUUUAAUGGUGGAAUUAUUAUAAUUGAAGAAAAAAGUGGUGUAAACACUGUUAAGUUACCUAAAGUGGUUCUUCCUACAUAUGAUGGGAAUCCAUUACAGUGGGAAGGAUUUUGGGAAAAUUUUGUAGUUUCAAUAGAAAAUCAGAAUUUAUCUGAUGUACAGAAAUUCUCUUAUUUAAAGGGAUGUUUUUUAGGAAAAGCUAGGGAAUUCAUUGAAGGCUUAGAAUUAAAUAAUCGUAACUACCAAACGGCAAAAGAAAUUUUGAGUGAUAGGUUUGGUAAUAAACGGUUGAUUAAGAGGGCAUUAUAUAGUCAGCUUGAAUUUUUACCUUACUGUAGUAAUUUAGCCACUAACCUCAGAGAGUUUGUGGUCAAAGUAGAUAAGGUUGUAAGGCAGUCAAAGAGUAGUGGUGAAAAUAUUAGUCAGGAAAUGAUUCUAAUAGCUAUAGAGAAGAAAUUGCUACGACAAGUGUUAAGUGAGUUAAAAAGUGAUAAGGAAAAAAGAGUAGGUAAUAAUAAUCAAUGA